UUUUUUUAAGUAUAUAGCGUUUUCCGAACAGAAAAUUAGCAGAUAUUCAGUAUUCAGGUCGUGUUUCCACAAAGAGGACACCCACAUCGGAGAUGAUUUAGUUCAUAUCGUCAUUAAACAUUUUCGUAGAAAAGGGAAUGGAUUUCUGCGCAUGUCUCUAUAUUUCACAAACUAACUUGCAGUUGGGGCCAUUUUCUUUCUAAACAGCGAUAUCCACAAACUUAACUCCUUUUUGCGUGCAGGUUUAUUGGGAUCUGGACACACUUACUGACGAUCUGUCAGCGGCCAUGUUGAGUGCCCGCUUUGGCAUAGGUUAUUUGGUAUGGGGAUCACACUACAGCAGAGAAGAGUUAGCAAAAAAAUAUCCUGGAUACGGAACUACAUUUAUUUACUUUCCGGAUGAUGACGAUAUUCCGAUGAAAGUGUAUUUAAAUUUUACGAAUUUAACCGGAGCAAGGUUGGGAAUGCUAGGGUUUGAAGAUUACGAUCUAACGCGAUAUGUCACGUUGACUUACUAUUCGAGAGCCUUUUCAAAAGGAAUAGCGUUAACAGGAUUUGAGACUCUGAACUGGUUCUUGAUGAGAAAUAAGCCCGUCAGAUUUAUCACCCACGGUUGGAUGUCCGACGCAACAAAGGAUAUGGCCAUAAAUUUGACAAAUGGUUUCUUAAAUAAAUAUGAUGCAAAUAUUUUUGUUGUCGACUGGUCGCGUAUAUCUAAAAACAUUUUUUACCCAAUCCCCAUGAUGGCGACCUGGGAAGUUGGAAACCACAUCGCGAAAUAUCUAAAUUACCUCACAGACAAUCUAGGUGUCGAUCCUGGUGAUAUUCACAUGGUCGGCCAUAGUUUGGGUGCCCAUGUGUCCGGAUUCGCAGCUCGUGCUGCCAAAGGUCGCAUAGGAAGGGUAACAGGUUUAGAUCCUGCAUUGCCAGGAUUUUCGGUUGGACUUGUAGAAGGUGGAACGAUAUCAGCUGAGGACGCCCAGUUCGUAGACAUUAUCCACACUUGUGCUGGAUUUCUCGGUUACAAGGAACCACUAGGGCAUGUUGAUUUUUACCCUAACGGAGGGACACCACCACAACCGGGAUGCACCAUCUUGGAACUCGUGGAGGCCUGCAGUCAUGGCAAGAGUUGGAAGAUAUUUGCGAGUAGCCUUUUAAAUACUGAUCAACACAUGGCAUACAAGUGUAGAAAUUUUUCGGAAUUGGCCAGGAGGCGGUGUUUGGGAGAAUCGAUACCUAUUGGGGAUUCCACACCAAGCGUCGGCAGGGGUGUUUACUACGCCGACAUACCAGAAAUUGAUAUGAAGAAAUAAAAGUCGAUGUCAAACCUCUAAAACAAAAAUAUACAAACUGAUUUGCUAGAUAUUUUCUCUUACUUGUACCCCUAAUCUCUCAACGAAUAUUAAUUAAACUGUUUUUAAA